UGAACUAACUUCGUAAUCUGGCAAACUUGUAUCCAUAUGUCAAGUUUGUUUAUAACCUGUGUUUGAAAAAAUUAUCAUUAAAAUAGUUGAAAAUAAACGUAAUUUAAUAAAAAAUGAACAAAUUGACUUCGUAUACUAUAAAGGAAAUCCACAGAGCGUACAGAGAUAAAAUAUUAACACCGACAAGUUUCGUGGAUUUGAGUUUGCAAAGAGCGAAGCAAACGAGCGAAUUGAACGCUUUUGUGACUAUAACUGCUGAUGAAGCUGAAAACCAUGGGAUCGAGAGUGAAAAAAGGUUCUAUAUUGAGAAGAAAACGAGACCUUUGGACGGGAUUUCGGUGGGAAUUAAAGAUAAUUUCUGUACCUACAACAUACCUACAACUUGCGCUUCUAACAUGCUGAAAAGCUUCGUGCCGACUUACGACGCCACAGUUUAUUCUCGAUUAAGAGCUGCCGGUGCUUGCUUAAUCGGCAAGUGUAAUUUGGACGAGUUUGCGAUGGGUUCAGGCACUAUUGAUUCCAUAUUUGGACCUACAAGGAAUCCAUGGGGAUUUGACGAGAAUGCUGAUGAUUGGAGGAUAGCGGGAGGCAGUUCUGGCGGUAGCGCCGUUGCGGUGAGCUCUGGGGCGUGUCUAGCCGCCAUUGGGUCAGACACCGGUGGAUCAACUAGGAAUCCGGCAGCUCUAUGUGGUAUUGUAGGCCUGAAACCAACUUACGGACUUGUAUCCAGAUAUGGCCUGAUACCUUUAGUUAAUUCAAUGGAUGUGCCUGGUAUAUUGACUAGAAAUAUUGAAGAUGCUGUAACUGUAUUGAAUUGUGUAGCUGGCCCUGAUGAUUUGGAUUCAACAACAAUAAAAAGAGCUUACAAGCCAGUUGAUCUUGUAGAUAUAGAUUUAUCUAAAGUAAGGAUAGGAAUACCUAAGGAAUAUCAUUGUGAAGGAAUGAGUGAAGAAGUGCUAGACACGUGGAGAUAUGUCGCUGAUAUUUUAGAAAAAGAAAAGGCAGAUGUCAAAGCUGUAUCAUUACCACAUACUUCAGUGUCAAUUGCUGUAUAUUCUAUUCUAAACCAAUGUGAAGUUGCCAGUAAUAUGGCCAGAUAUGACGGCCUAGAAUAUGGACUACGAACUAACGAAGACAACUCAACUGAAGAACUUUAUGCAUCAUCUAGAUCUAAAGGCUUCAACAACGUAGUCAGAUGGAGAAUAUUUGCUGGAAACUACUUUUUGUUAGCAAAAAAUUAUGAUAAAUAUUUCAUUAAAGCGUUAAAGUUACGUAGAUUGAUUUCAGAUGAUUUUAACAAUGUUUUCAAUGGUGAAAACUCUGUUGAUUUAUUGUUGACACCUACAACGUUGUGUGACGCACCACUUUAUAGUGAUUUUGUAUCGAAGCAUAAUAGAGAUCAGUGUGCAUUUCAAGAUUACUGCACUCAACCAGCAAACAUGGCAGGAAUACCAGCUAUUUCAGUACCGAUCCGUUUGUCAAAAAAUAAGUUACCUUUAUCCAUACAACUUAUGGGACCUUAUUUGUCUGAAGAAUUGUUAUUAAAUGUAGCCAAAAAAAUUGAGAGUAUUGUUAAUUUCCCAGAAUUGAAUUCUGAAUAAGUCAAUUGAUAACUUUAAGCUAGACAAUGAUAGUGCUAAUAAAAUUAGUGAUAAUCUGUUA